AUCGGAUUCAGGGUCAACCACGAAAGGUUAUUCUCGCCCAGACUUCGUGUGCCGAAUAAACAACGUCCUAUUCCUCAAAGGUGGAGAAAAGGCAGAUGUGGAAAUUUUGGAAGGGCUUUGAAAGAUCUUGAGGAUAAAUUCAAUAGAAUCGAUCCUCUCACUCUUGGAGUGGAUUAUAUUAUUUGCUAUGCUGCAACCGGGUGCAAAUUACGGUUUUAUGGAAUUGUGGAAAAUGCAAUGUCCCGAGCCGCCUAG